CUGUUCCCUGGAAUUCUAGGACGUGUUUGUAAAGUUCUCGCGGCUAUGCUGUUAGUGUACGGAGGGAAGUGUAAACACAAGGACAAUGUGACAUGUUUGUUAUCCCUGAUUGUUAAUGUAAAGGGGGAGAGUAUGGUUAAUUUGUAUUGGUCAGCUAACAGAGACUCUGUCCUGUGCAGUUUGUAUCUUAGUGUCAGAGUCCGGCUCCACCAUUACACAACCUACACAACAAUGUCUACCUGGGAGACACUGCUCCUGAUUGGGAUGUUUUACCUCCUAUUCUACACGCCCGUCCUCCAGCCUGUGAGUACAAUGUUAAAAGGACAUUAAUAGAGACAAGACUGGGCUCUUGCUAAUAUAUCUCUUACGAUUUCAUUUUAUGCCACAGAAACUAUUUUAGUAAAAAAAUCAUUCCUGGGUCCAUCAUUACUGAAAAAGACUUGAAGACACAGGCUGCAUGUUAAAUAAAGGGUAGUGGAUACAUAGAAUGACCGCUCAGCAAGUGCACAUCGUUAAGCCAGCAGUCACUUUCUUUAAAGGAUACAUUAGUGAAAGUACGGUUUCGGCUUUUUAAGGUUUUAGUGAAAUGCAAUCUGAAUGGAAAAAUGCGUGUUCGCUGAUGGCUUUCGUAUUAAAUGUAGACGUCAGCAACGCGAGACGAUAUGAACGCUCAUGUCACAAAACGCUCAGACACCACAGUAAAGAGUGAAUUCAAAAUGGAAAAACAAAAUCUAGGUUAUAAUAACUAAUUGGAGGAAAAUUGUUUUAGUUUGGAGUUUGCAAUUCUGGUCUUAAAUCACUAACAUUUUAUUUAUAGAUUUUAUUCAUAUAGUGCUAACAGGUGUACUCAGCACUUUACAGGUUACAUUACAGUAGAGAGAGAGGUACAGUAAGUGCAGUAGGUAUACAGUGUGUGUAUAUUAUAUUUAUAUAGAGCUAACAGGUGUACUCAGCACUUUACAGGUUACAUUACAGUAGAGGGAGGUACAGUAAGUGCAGUAGGUAUACAGUGUAUGUAUAUUAUAUUUAUAUAGCACUAACAGGUGUACUCAGCACUUUACAGGUUACAUUACAGUAGAGGGAGGUACAGUAAGUGCAGUAGGUAUACAGUGUGUGUAUAUUUUAUUUAUAUAGCACUAACAGGUGUACUCAGCACUUUACAGGUUACAUUACAGUAGAGGGAGGUACAGUAAGUGCAGUAGGUAUACAGUGUAUGUAUAUUAUAUUUAUAUAGCGCUAACAGGUGUACUCAGCACUUUACAGGUUACAUUACAGUAGAGGUAGGUACAGUAAGUGCAGUAGGUAUACAGUGUAUGUAUAUUUUAUUUAUAUAGCGCUAACAGGUGUACUCAGCACUUUACAGGUUACAUUACAGUAGAGGGAGGUACAGUAAGUGCAGUAGGUAUACAGUGUAUGUAUAUUUUAUUUAUAUAGCGCUAACAGGUGUACUCAGCACUUUACAGGCUACAUUACAGUAGAGGGCGGUACAGUAAGUGCAGUAGGUAUACAGUGUAUGUAUAUUUUAUUUAUAUAGCCCUAACAGGUGUACUCAGUACUUUACAGGUUACAUUACAGUAGAGGGAGGUACAGUAAGUGCAGUAGGUAUACAGUGUAUGUAUAUUAUAUUUAUAGCGCUAACAGGUGUACUCAGUACUUUACAGGUUACAUUACAGUAGAGGGAGGUACAGUAAGUGCAGUAGGUAUACAGUGUAUGUAUAUUUUAUUUAUAUAGCGCUAACAGGUGUACUCAGCACUUUACAGGUUACAUUACAGUAGAGGGAGGUACAGUAAGUGCAGUAGGUAUACAGUGUAUGUAUAUUAUAUUUAUAUAGCACUAACAGGUGUACUCAGCACUUUACAGGUUACAUUACAGUAGAGGGAGGUACAGUAAGUGCAGUAGGUAUACAGUGUAUGUAUAUUAUAUUUAUAUAGCACUAACAGGUGUACUCAGCACUUUACAGAUUACAUUACAGUAGAGGGAGGUACAGUAAGUGCAGUAAGUAUACAGUGUAUGUAUAUUUUAAUUUUAUAACGCUAACUGGUGUACACAAUAAUAAUUAAAAUUUGAUAUUCUCUUCCACUAGAAGUGUUUCCUUUAAAUGUUUUAUUUUAUAUCAUUUUCACGUUUAAAAUUUUAUUUUAUUUUAACAGCAUCCUCAUCGUACUCCAGUCUUUGGUAAAUAUUUUUUAUAUAUAUAUUUUUUUCUUUCUCUUAACAGCAACAAAGAUCUCUCCAGUUCAAAUGGUGUCCUGCAAUGUCUAUGUACUAAACCUAGACUUGCAAUCCUUUUAUAGUUUGUAUAGAUUAACCUGAUACAUGGAGCUUUGAUAUAUAUAUUAUGCUGUGUUAAUGCAUGCCGUGGUGUUUAUGUGCAGUGCUGUGUUAAUGCAUGCCGUGGUGUUUAUGUGCAGUGCUGUGUUUAUGCAUGCCGUGGUGUUUAUGUGCGGUGCUGUGUUUAUUCAUGCCGUGGUGUUUAUGUGCGGUGCUGUGUUUAUGCAUGAUGCAGAGUCUAUGGGUUGGGCAGUGUUUAUGCAUCAUGCAAUGUUUAGAUGUGGCUCAAUGUUUUUGUAUGUUGCGGUGUGUUUGUGUGGUGCAGUGUUCAUGCAUGAUGCCGUGUCUAAGUGUGGCUCACUAUUUGUGUAUGAUGCAGUGUCUAUGUAUGACUCAUUGUUUAUGCAUGAUGCAGUGUUUAUGGAUUGGGCAGUGUUUAUACAAAAUGCAGUGUUUAUGUGUGGUGCAGUGUUUGUGUGCGAUGCAGUGUGUUAUUGAGCUUCAAUACUGCUGCUCCCUAGCUGCGAUCAGGGACCCUGGAAUAUUCCAGCCAGUCAGCGAAGCCUACACUGUGAUCUGCUGCUACCUUUAAAAAAGGGUUCCCAUGUCUAUCUCCUUUGACUUUCCCCAAGAUCCAGGGACCAAUCAAGCAACCAAUAGGUCCAAAGACUGUUACUGGGAUCCCCCAAUAAUACAACCAGGACACACUAUUCCAAGAGUAACAAACAUACUCAGCUUUAUUUAUUACUCAGACUAGAACUUAUGCUUAUUACAUGAAACUUACUGUAACAAGCUCAAUCGAACACAAAUAAUGAAAUCAUGUGGGGAAAGGUACAGGAACUGAUAAUAACACAUUAACAUAUUGAUAAAGAGGUGUGGAAGAAAAUAGCUAGUAAGAAAUAUACCCGCUGCUUGCAGAAACCACAUGUAACGGAUCGCCUGGCACCCCGACUGGGUACCUCCGUUGAAAGAUGCUCCUAGCGCUUCCAGAGGACUCCAAGCACUCCACCAGACACCAUAAGCACCGCAGGCUGCAGCUAUCUCCCUUCAGAACGAAGCAGGAACAAGCUCUUACAAGAGCUCAGUGAUUAUAGCAAGGGAAUAUGCCUAGCAUAGCAAUCCCUUGUAGCAGAUUCCCCCAAUAAGAGACAGGACUCAAGUUGAGGGUAAAAAUAGAACUCUUUUAUUCCCAAUCCACAAACAUAGUACAGCCCACAGGGCGUUACAAAACAACCAAUCACAUCACAGUUACAUCCCACAUAUUCCCUCCCCUUAUCCUGAGAGGAAACUCAAUUAUACAUACAGUUAAAACAUACUUUCUACCCAACUUUCAUAACUCUAAAACCAUACAUCACAUUCACAUAAAAUUACAUAUUCACAAUCAAUCCAUUCAGGGGAACAACAUAUUCAAAAAUGGCACAAAUCAGACAAGGGGUUCAAAAGUUAGUAAAAAGUCCUUUGUGACUAAAUGAAGCAUGGCUUUCUGGCCCAAACCAGUUUCAGAGUCUUCUAUCCUGGAGAUAAGUAAUUCAAUUAUCUCCCAGGACAGACACAAGACUCCAUUAAGCACAUGGUUGCAAAAAGACACAAAACACUUUAAAAUACAUAAAGUCACAUUUACACAUAACACACAGACAUUUCACAUAUCCCCAGAUAGCUGGGAUCUGAGUGCACAUUAUUAGAUGAAUGGCACUCAGAUCACACAAAUAAGCCUUUCUGCAGGGGAAAUAAACAGUUUAACCUGCAGGGCCAUAGUCCAAAGGGAGCAGGCGAGCAACCAGGCUUCUCCAGUUCACAGUGGCGAGGUUGGUUUCGCCACACUUCUCCCCUUUACCAACUAGACUAACAGGGUAUCUGACCUCCUGCCGGUCAGUGCCCUGGUUAGUCCAGCAACCCACCCACAAAACAGAAACAGCAGUACAGCCCACCCACAAUAACUGGUUACUACACCUGGGUAGAGGAGAACUUUGUCCAUGUCCAGGUGCCUCACCACGACUGUGUGGGCAACUGUUAGGCUGCCUUGGUGGGUUGCUGAGUGGGCAGAGACCAGCGGUACUCUGCCCUGAUGCCAGUGCUACCACGGAAGUAGCCUGGUGGGAGCCUGGUUGUGGGAGGGAGAGACCGACUGUCUCCCCUCUGGAUACACCGCUCUGUGGCUGGGGAACAGGACCGACUGUCCCUACCCCUUGUGCUGUAAGUGCAGAGACAUCUGCACUGUUGGGGGGUGUAACAUCUCCCCUUGCUGGGUUAGGCUGCCGCUGGAGAGAGGGUGUAACAAGCUCCUCUCUCUGAACUGUAAACUGCCGCUGGGGAGAGGGGGUAUCAGGCUCCUCUCCCUGACACUCUCUCUGCUGGUGGAGAGGGGGACCAGCUGUCUCCCCUUUCAUUAUUUUGUCCUGUGGUUGGGGUGCGAGACUGACGGUCUCUGCUCCCUGCAGGACACUCUGCCGCUGGGGAGGAAGGACUGCACCUUCAGCUCCCUGUAACACACACUGCCCCUGGGGAGCAAGGACUGCACCUUCAGCUCCCUGGGGUACACACUGCCGCUGGGGAGGAAGGACUGCACCUUCAGCUCCCUGUAACACACACUGCCGCUGGGGAGCAAGGACGGCACCUUCAGCUCCCUGUAACUCACACUGCCGCUGGGCAGAGAGACCAAUUGGCCACAGCCCCAAUCUCCGCAAUCGGCACUCACAUUCCCAUGCCGCUCGAUUCUCCGCAUCCAACUUGCGCACGGUUGCCAUAACUGCCUCUGUUGAAGGAUUCGGGCCAUAUCUGGUUAACCGUCUCAUGACCUCAUCCCGGUAUGCAUCGCCCUCAAAGCGAUAGGUCAUGUUUGCUGUGACCAGAGGCGCUGUACGAAUACUAGCGUUGCCCUCAAAUUGUAACUCCAAACGAACUGUGUCUCUGAGCUGCUUUACCUCGCACUAGGACGCCAUCCCACCGCUGCCACCAAUGUAACGGAUCGCCUGGCACCCCGACUGGGUACCUCCGUUGAAAGAUGCUCCUAGCGCUUCCUGAGGACUCCAAGCACUCUGGCAGACACCACAAUCACCGAACCGGAGAAACAAAUAAAUUCUCCCAAGCAUUUGAAUGCUGUAGACAGUUGAAUAGGAAACCAUACGAAUAGGUUUACCCUCCUAGCAGUCAAACUGGAACAGCAUACAAUAAAUCCUUUCCCCAAUUAUGAGACAACACUUCAGUUUGAGGGUUAAAACAGGAACUCCUGUGCUGGCACACCUAGCCUGGUUUUUAUUACAGCCUUUCACAUACAGGACCGCCCACAGGGAGGUAUAAAACAACCAAUCACAUAUCAGUUACAUCCCACAUAUUCCCUCCCCUUUUCCUGAGAGGAAACUCAAUUACACAUACAGUUAAAACAUACUUUCUACCCAACUUUCAUAACUUUAAAACCAUACAUCACAUUCACAUAAAAUUACAUAUUCACAAUCAAUCCAUUCAGGGGAACAACAUAUUAAAAAAUGGCACGAAUCAGACCAGGGGUUCAAAAGUUAAGGGAAAGUCCUUUGUGACUAAAUGAAGUAUGGCUUUCUGGCCCAAACCAGUUUCAGAGUCUUCUAUCCUGGAGAGUAAUUCAAUUAUCUCCCAGGAUAGACACAAGACUCCAUUAAGCACAUGGUUGUAAAAAGACACAAAACACUUUAAAAUACAUAAAGUCACAUUUACACAUAACACACAGACAUUUCACAUAUCCCCAGAUAGCUGGGAUCUGAGUGCACAUUAUUAGAUGAAUGGCACUCAGAUCACACAAAUAAGCCUUUCUGCAGGGGAAAUAAACGGUUUAACCUGCAGGGCCAUAGUCCAAAGGGAGCAGGCGAGCAACCAGGCUUCUCCAGUUCACAGUGGCGAGGUUGGUUUCGCCACACCACAAUAUGCAAAUCUACCUAAAUAUGCAAAUUACAGAGUCUUGCCAUCAGGUAGUGCACGUAACAGUUGCUACCAACAGGUGGCACUGUACCGGCUCCACAGUGAAAUCCAACUGGUUGGUAGAAAGUAUCAGCAGGAUAGGAGAACACAUAAACAUUUAACAAUAAUACACACCCAGCACCUAUAAUGGGCACAGUGUGACUUAGACAUAAGAGAGACAUCUAGGAAACCACAAGAGGUGUCAGACAUUCCAAAAAAACAGACAGUUCCAUAGCUCCCAACAGCAAACCCAGUUACACAUAAUCCCAGCCCACGGUGGAGCAACUCUGGGGAAGAUGGAGGCCAACAGUUACUAUAAUAGCUGGCAGAGAGAAGGGCAGAGUUUAUAUGGUCCCAGCUGGUGACCACGUAUCUAUGUAUCGCAGUGUUUCUGUGUAUCUCAGUGUUUGUUUAUGUGUAUCGCAGUGUUUCUGUGUAUCGCAGUGUUUCUAUGUAUCACAGUGUUUCUGUGUAUCGCAGUGUUUCUAUGUAUUGCAGUGUUUCUGUGUAUCGCAGUGUUUCUAUGUAUCGCAGUGUUUCUGUGUACUGCACUAUUUAUGUGUAUCGCAGUGUUUGUUUAUGUGUAUCGCAGUGUUUCUGUGUAUUGCAGUGUUUAUGUGUAUCGCAGUGUUUCUAUGUAUCGCAGUGUUUAUGUGUAUCGCAGUGUUUGUUUAUGUGUAUCGCAGUGUUUGUGUGUAUCGCAGUGUUUGUGUGUAUCGCAGUGUUUGUGUGUAUCGCAGUGUUUCUAUGUAUCUCAGUGUUUAUGUGUAUCGCAGUGUUUGUGUGUAACGCAGUGUUUGUGUGUCUCGCAGUGUUUAUGUGUAUCGCAGUGUUUCUGUGUAUCGCAGUGUUUCUGUGUAUCGCAGUGUUUGUGUAUCGCAGUGUUUCUGUGUAUCUCAGUGUUUCUCUCUAUCGCAGUGUUUCUAUGUAUCGCAGGGUUUCUGUGUAUCGCAGUGUUUAUGUGUAUCGCAGUGUUUCUGUGUAUCACAGUGUUUGUUUAUGUGUAUCGCAGUGUUUGUGUGUAUCGCAGUGUUUCUGUGUACCGCAGUGUUUCUGUGUAUCGCAGUGUAUCUUUGUAUCGCAGUGUUUGUUUAUGUGUAUCGCAGUGUUUGUGUGUAUCGCAGUGUUUCUGUGUAUCGCAGUGUUUCUGUGUAUCGCAGUGUUUAUGUGUAUCGCAGUGUUUAUGUGUAUCGCAGUGUUUAUGUGUAUCGCAGUGUUUGUUUAUGUGUAUCGCAGUGUUUGUGUGUAUCGCAGUGUUUAUGUGUAUCGCAGUGUUUGUGUGUAUCGCAGUGUUUCUAUGUAUCGCAGUGUUUCUGUGUAUCGCAGUGUUUGUGUGUAUCGCAGUGUUUCUGUGUAUCGCAGUGUUUCUGUGUAUCGCAGUGUUUGUUUAUGUGUAUCGCAGUGUUUGUGUGUAUCGCAGUGUUUCUGUGUAUCACAGUGUUCGUGUGUAUCGCAGUGUUUCUAUGUAUCGCAGUGUUUCUGUGUAUCGCUGUGUUUCUGUGUAUCGAAGUGUUUAUGUAAAGCACAUUUAUAAAACACAAUGGUGUAACACACUAAUUCUGUACACAUGGCGGGGCCCUUCUUAUUCCUCAUUUUUAGAUGAUAUCUUUGCAUUUACAGAGAAACUUCAUGAGAAGAUUGAAAAACAUCGGAAAGAACAAGAAUUUUCCCUGGCCCUUAACUAUUACGAAUACAGCGAUGGUACGUAGGGACAGUUUAUGGAAUCACAUAAAAUAUUUACUUACUAUAGAGAGAUGUCUUGGAUUGUGCCAUUGAGACAAAGCAUUACUCCUAUAACUAUUGAGAAUUAUUGCUGUGAAGCUCCGUUAUACACUCAGACACAUUACUGGGAGUAUUAUUGCUGUGGAGCUCUGUUAUACACUCAGACACAUUACUGGGAGUAUUAUUGCUGUGGAGCUCUGUUAUACACUCGACACAUUACUGGGAGUAUUAUUACUGUGGAGCUCUGUUAUACACUCAGACACAUUACUGGGAGUAUUAUUGCUGUGGAGCUCUGUUAUACACUCAGACACAUUGCUGGGAGUAUUAUUGCUGUGGAGCUCUGUUAUACACUCAGACACAUUACUGGGAGUAUUAUUGCUGUGGAGCUCUGUUAUACACUCAGACACAUUACUGGGAGUAUUAUUGCUGUGGGUCUCUGUUAUACACUCAGACACAUUACUGGGAGUAUUAUUACUGUGGAGCUCUGUUAUACACUCAGACACAUUACUGGGAGUAUUAUUGCUGUGGAGCUCUGUUAUACACUCAGUCACAUUACUGGGAGUAUUAUUGCUGUGGAGCUUUGUUAUACACUCAGUCACAUUACUGGGAGUAUUAUUGCUGUGGGGCUCUGUUAUACACUCAGUCACAUUACUGGGAGUAUUAUUACUGUGGCGCUCUGUUAUACACUCAGUCACAUUACUGGGAGUAUUAUUACUGUGGAGCUCUGUUAUACACUCAGUCACAUUACUGGGAGUAUAAUUGCUGUGGGGCUCUGUUAUACACUCAGUCACAUUACUGGGAGUAUUAUUGCUGUGGAGCUCUGUUAUACACUCAGACAGACCAACAAUAUGGGGCUCCUAGAAACGGGACAUUAGGAUAGAAAAGAGGGAUUUGGGCCCAAAAUAGUGACUGUCCUUCCUAAAUAGGGACACUUGGGAGGUAUUUUGUUGUAUGAUGAUAGAUAAGUAAAAUAUUAACAUCUGCUAUGCUUUUACAACACAAAACAUAAAUAAAAUUAAAGAACCAAAUUAUUAUUUGAAUACAAAUUACAAAGGCAUGUUUCUGCCAUCGAGAAAACGGUUCCCUGAAAAUGAACACCAGGAGCCUAAAAAAGUAAUAAUCACAAUUCACACAAUAAUUAGCAAAUGUUAUUAUUAUUAUUAUUAUUAUUAAUCAUUAGUAAACUAAUUAGAUAAUCUGAUUUAGUGAUUACAGCCAGCAUUGGCAAAUUAAUGAGAAACAAGCCCUUAUAAUAACCAUUGCUCUGUCAAGUCCUAGAUCCAUGUUCUUUAAACCCGUGUCGGAAUCAUGGGAAAUGUGUAUCGACAGCCCCUGGGUACCAGUGCCAGUGUAAUGAAUUCUUCACGGGAGACCACUGUGAGAAACGUGAGUCAAUGCAUUUCUAUAGAAUAGCCACUCAAUGCCAUCACUAUGGUACACACAUUGCCAUCACUAUGGUACACACGUUGCCAUCACUAUUAUACACACGUUGCCAUCGUUGUCCUUCUCCCCAUUGAAAAGGUUGAAAAUCAUGUAAACUCACUUUGAUUCCAGCACCACGAGUCUUCUCACUGCGGAUUCCCCAUAUAUGAUGUCAUGUUGACUCCAACCAGUCUCUAUGAGAAGCAUAUCCCGGCUGUUCAGCCAUAGAUUAAUACAAAUGCAGAUUUCAAGACAAAUGAGAACUUUUAUCAGUGGGGAUGUGCAGUAAACCCCCAAAACACUUCUGCAAGCAUUAACCCAUUUCAUCUCAUUCCAUGGGACUCGGCUCAUAUGGUGCCAUAGGGCAAUAAAUGUUACCAAACCAAUAAUUCCUGAUCAGGUACAAUGUGUAACAGAAUACAGAAAUCUGGAAUUGUUAUUAUAACUCUGUUAUAAGGUAAAUUAAACCAGUGGCUUCCACCGCCUUCCUCAGUUCCCUCAGUCCAAUAUUCUCUUCCAGUGGGGAGACAGACUGUUGCUAUACCUUGUAGACUGGCUUGGGAACCACAGAAAAUGUUAUGUUUAUGUAUCCAGGGCCGCCAUCAGGGCAUGAAAACCAUAACGGUUGUCAUGGGCCCGGCGGUCCUGGGGGGCCCGGACUACUCUGGCAGUCUGGGCCCCACAUUCCAUAUGUGCAAUCCGGGCCCCCUGCUACCUGUACAUUGCAGAGGGAGCCCAGCAGCACACUCUGUCUUCCUUUCUAGAUUCUCUCUAACUUUCCUGCGCGCUGCGGCUGCCAGAGCGUUGUCACGGGGUACCAUGGCAAUGCUCCGCACAGCACGCACGCUGGUCUCGCGAGAGUUAAUCAGAGAGGAGCUGGAAAGGAAGACAGUGUGUGCUGCUGGGCCCCGUCUCUGCCAUGUACCGUGGCUGGCUCCCUCCACAAUGCGAUCUCGCCCCUCCCUGGCACGAUAAGAAGCAGGGAGGGGGGAAUAAAAUUUAAACAUACAUAAAUAGAUUUAAAAGAAAAAUACUCCCCCCCCUCCCCCCCCCGCUUUUUACACACCCACUGCAUCCUUACAAGCACACACUCUGCACUACAUUCACUAAACACACACACACACUACAUUCACUAAACACACUCUGCACUCACUACAAACACACUACCGUUGCUAAACACACUCUGCACUGCACACACACACACACACACACACAUUACAUUCACUAAACACACUUUGCACCACACACACACACGUUGCACUCACUACAAACACACUACAUUUACUAAGCACACUUUGCACUCACUACAAACACACUGCAUUCACUAUAGAAACACUCUGCAUUCACCACACUCAAACUACAUGCACUAUACAUUCUUUGCACUCACUUCAAACACACUACAUUCACUACACGCACUAUAUACACUACAUUCACCACAAUCACACUACAUGCACUAUACACACUUUGCACUCACUUCAAACACACUACAUUCACUAUACACACUACAGCCACUACAAAAACACACACUCUGCAUUUACUGUACACACACUACAUCCACUACAAAAACACACACUCUCCAUUCACUGUACACACACUACAUCCACUACAAAAACUAACUCUCCAUUCACUGUACACACACUACAUCCACUACAAAAACACACACUCUGCAUUCACUAUACACACCUACAUUCACUACACACACACUCUGCAUCUAAUGCAUGCAUACAAACAUUACAUACAUUACACAAAACGUACAAUCUGCAUCCACUGUACACACUGCAUCCACUGUACACACUGCAUCCAUAACAAACAUUCCACAUCCACUAUACACACACACUUCAUCCUUGUCGGCGGACUCGGGGCUGGCACCGGGGGCUCAGAUCUUGAGCUGUGUCAGGGGCCCUAAAAUUUCUGAUGGCAGCCCUGUAUGUAUCAGACACCAAUUUUGCAUAGAGAUAGCAUGAUCCAGCUCUAAACUUUGCUCUGAUGACCCUGCUGGAGGUGGAGUUACAUUUUACUUAAAACAGAACAUCUCUCUCUCGAAAAAAAAAGGUUAAAGGACAAACCUGAAUUAUAAUAGUGAUGGCAAUGUGUAUAUAAUAGUGAUGGCAAUGUGCGUACCAUAGUGAUGGCAAUGUGUAUAUAAUAGUGAUGGCAAUGUGUAUAUAAUAGUGAUGGCGAUGUGCAUACCAUAGCGAUGGCAAUGUGUGUACCAUAGUUAUGGCAAUGUGCGUACCAUAGUUAUGUGCUCUGUAGAUAACUGCGUGUGUCUGCAAGUGUACUCCUAUAUGUUGCAGUGUUGCAGCAUGCGUGCCUCUGAAUGUAACUGUGUGUGUCAGCAUGCGUGCCUCUGUAUGUAGCUGUGUGUGUCAGCAUGCGUGCCUCUGUAUGUAGCUGUGUGUGUCAGCAUGCGUGCCUCUGUAUGUAGCUGUGUAUGUCAGCAUGUGUGCCUCUGUAUGUAGCUGUGUAUGUCAGCUUCUUUGCCUUGUAUGUAGCUAUGUGUGUCAGCUUGUGUGCUUCUGUAUGUAGCUGUGUGUGUCAGCAUGUAACCACAUGUGUCAGCAUGUUCGUCUCUAUGCAACUGUAUGUGUAUCAUAGUGAUGGCAAUCUGCGUACCAUACUGAUGGCAAUGUGUAUAUAAUAGUGAUGGCAAUGUGCGUACCAUAGUUAUGACAAUGUGUUCACCAUAGGGAUGUGAUCUGUAGAUAACUGUGUGUGCCUGCAAGUGUACUCCUAUAUGUAGCAGCGUGCGUCUGCAUGUAACUGUAUGUGUCUGUAUGUCCACCUCUGCAUGUAGCUGCAUAUGUCUGCACGUGUACUCCUGUAUGUGUCUGUAUGUAGCUGUGUGUAUAAGCAUGUCCAACUCUUUAUACAAAUGUGUAUGUCUUCUAGACAUUUGCAUUCAUUACGGUCUGAAUUUAAAUUCGGACAAAUUUCGGCAAUUCAAACAUUCGAAAUUGACGAAUUGCUCAAGUGCCGAACCGAACCAAAUUGCAGAAUUUCGGAAGUGCCAAACCGAAGUGCCAAUGUCCCAAAUUUCAGAGGUGACGCACCAUAUUUUGUUACACAUCCCUAAUGUCUUCAUCUGUAACUCUGUAUGUAGCGGUGUGUGCAGGGACGUAUUAGCGAGAGGCAAAAAACGCCGCCCCCAAAUGCCCAGGGCAAAUGCCUUGUUAGCCUUGCGGCUAACUGACAUGCUGGGCUGGCAGGCGGCGCUGGCUGAUGGUCGGGCGGGCGGCUGGCGAGGGAGCUCUUCCUCUGAGCGGUCUGCUCAGCUCCCUCGCGCGCCGCAGAGUGAGGCUGGGAGCCGGAAUAUGACGUAAUCAACCCGGCUCCCAGCCUCACUCUGCGGCGCGCGAGGGAGCUGAGCAAAGUGCUCAGAGGAAGUGCUCCCUCGCCAGCCGCCCGCCCAGCAGCCAGCCCAUCAGCCCGACCAGCAGCCACUGGACCACCAGGGAGAUAAUGAACCCCUUCCCCCCCCAGCACUCCCAAAGGUAAGGAGGCUGGGGAAUAAAAAAAAGUGUUAAUGUGAGUGACUGUGUGUGUGUGUGUCUGACUGUGUGUGUGUCUGACUGUGUGGGUGUGUGUGUCUGACUGUGUGGGUGUGUGUGUCUGACUGUGUGUAUGUGUGUGUGUCUGACUGUGUGUGUGUGUGUGUGUGUCUGACUGUGUGUGUGUGUUUGUGUCUGACUGUGUGUGUUUGUGUCUGACUGUAUGUGUGUGUGUUUGUCUGACUGUGUGUUUGUGUCUGACUGUGUGUGUUUGUGUCUGACUGUGUGUGUAUGUGUGUGUGUGUGUCUGACUGUGUGUGUGUGUUUGUGUCUGACUGUGUGUGUGUGUGUGUGUCUGACUGUGUCUGAAACAUAGAAACAUAGAAACAUAGAAUGUGACGGCAGAUAAGAACCAUUCGGCCCAUCUAGUCUGCCCAAUUUUCUAAAUACUUUAAUUAGUCCCUAGUCUUAUCUUAUAGUUAGGAUAGCCUUAUGCCUAUCCCACGCAUGCUUAAACUCCUUUACUGUGUUAACCUCUACCACUUCAGCUGGAAGGCUAUUCCAUGCAUCCACUACCCUCUCAGUAAAGUAAUACUUCCUGAUAUUAUUUUUAAACCUUUGUCCCUCUAAUUUAAGACUAUGUCCUCUUGUUGUGGUAGUUUUUCUUCUUUAAAUAUAGUCUCCUCCUUUACUGUGUUGAUUCCCUUUAUAUAUUUAAAUGUUUCUAUCAUAUCCCCCCUGUCUCGCCUUUCCUCCAAGCUAUACAUGUUAAGAUCCUUUAACCUUUCCUGGUAAGUUUUAUCCCGCAAUCCAUGAACCAGUUUAGUAGCCCUUCUCUGAACCCACUCUAAGGUAUCAAUAUCCUUCUGAAGAUACGGUCUCCAGUACUGUGUACAAUACUCCAAGUGAGGUCUCACCAGUGUUCUGUACAAUGGCAUGAGCACUUCUUUCUACUGCUAAUACCUCUCCCUAUACAACCAAGCAUUCUGCUAGCAUUUCCUGCUGCUCUAUUACAUUGUCUGCCUACCUUUAAGUCAUCAGAAAUAAUCACCCCUAAAUCCCUUUCCUCAUAUGUUGAGGUUAGGACUCUAUCAAAUAUUCUGUACUCUGCCCUUGGGUUUUUACGUCCAAGAUGCAUUAUCUUGCACUUAUCCACAUUAAAUGUCAGUUGCCACAAUUCUGACCAUUUUUCUAGUUUACCUAAAUCAUUUGCCAUUUGGCUUAUCCCUCCUGGAACAUCAACCCUGUUACAUAUCUUAGUAUCAUCAGCAAAAAGACAUACCUUACCAUCAAGACCUUCUGCAAUAUCACUAAUAAAAAUAUUAAAGAGAAUGGGUCCAAGUACAGAUCCCUGAGGUACCCCACUGGUGACAAGUCCAAGCUUCGAAUAUAUUCCAUUAACUACAACCCUCUGUUGCCUGUCACUCAGCCACUGCCUUACCCAUUCAACAAUAUUGGAAUCCAAACUUAAAGAUUGCAGUUUAUUGAUAAGCCUUCUAUGUGCAACAGUGUCAAAAGCCUUACUGAAAUCUAGGUAAGCAAUGUCUACUGCACCACCCUGAUCUAUAAUUUUAGUUACCCAAUCAAAAAAAUCAAUAAGAUUAGUUUGGCAUGAUCUCCCUGAAGUAAACCCAUGUUGUCUCUGAUCUUGAAAUCCAUGUGUUUUUAGAUGUUCAACAAUCCUAUCCUUUAACAUGGUUUCCAUCACUUUCCCCACUACUGAAGUAAGGCUUACUGGCCUAUAGUUGCCUGACUCCUCCCUAUUACCUUUCUUGUAAAUGGGCACAACAUUCGCUAACUUCCAAUCUUCUGGGACUACUCCUGUUAACAAUGAUUGGUUAAAUAAAUCUGUUAAUGAUUUUGCUAGUACACCACUAAGCUCUUUUAAUAGCUUUGGGUGUAUUCCAUCAGGUCCCAUUGACUUAUUUGUCUUUACUUUUGACAGUUGAAAUAGAACCUCUUCCUCUGUAAACUCACGUGUAAUAAAUGACUCAUUUAUCCUUUUUCUCAACUGAGGUCCCUUUCCUUCAUUUUCAUCUGUAAAUACAGAACAAAAAUGUUCAUUGAGGCAGUCAGCUAGACCUUUAUCCUCUUCUACAUACCUUCCUUCUUUUGUUUUUAAUCUAACUAAUCCUUGUUUUACUUUUCUUUUCUCAUUUAUGCAUCUAAAAAAUGUUUUAUUCCCUUUUUUUACUGACUGUGAUAUUUUCUCUUCUGUGUGUGAUUUGGAAGCUUAGCCUCUUUCUGCCUAAUCUUAUAGAUCAUGUUGUCUUCCUCAUUCUGGGUUUUUUUUUUUAUAAUUCCUAAAUGCUAACUUUUUGUUUUUAACUAUUUUUGCCACAUCUGUGGAGUACCACAGUGGUUUCUUGAAUUUUUUGCUUUUACUGACAAGUCUGACUGUGUGUGUGUCUUACUGUGUCUGACUGUGUGUGUGUGUGUCUGACUGUGUGUGUGUGUGUGUGUGUCUGACUGUUUGUUUGUGGCUAACUGUGUGUGUGUGUGUUUGUUUCUGACUGUGUGUGUUUGUGUCUGACUGUGUGUGUUUGUGUCUGUGUGUGUGUGUCUGACUGUGUGUGUGUGUGUGUCUGACUGUGUGUGUGUCUGACUGUGUGUGUAUUUAGAAGGUGGGGCGGGGGGAAAGGGUUGGGUGGGGGUGGUGCGGGGGGAAGGGGAUGCCUGAGUUUUGUCCUGCCUAGGGCAGCACAAAACCAGGAUACACCACUGGGUGUGUGCCUUUAUGUAACUGUGUGUCAGCAUGUAACGGUGUGUGUCAGCAUGUAACGGUGUGUGCCUUUAUGUAACUGUGUGUCAGCAUGUAACAGUGUGUGCCUUUAUGUAACUGUGUGUCAGCAUGUAACGGUGUGUGCCUUUAUGUAACUGUGUGCCAGCAUGUAACGGUGUGUGUCAGCAUGUAACGGUGUGUGCCUUUAUGUAACGGUGUGUGUCAGCAUGUAACGGUGUGUGCCUUUAUGUAACUGUGUGUCAGCAUGUAACGGUGUGUGUCUGAAAGUGUGGACUGAUUCCAGAAACAUACAUCAAAUUUUGGUUGAUGAAUAUUUAACCAUUUAACAUUGAAGUUUCUAAACAAUAUGCCCCCAUAGUAAGCAAUCUGCACAAUGCAGCAUAUUUACUUUUAAUUGAUUUUUAGACCGUUUUUGUUUUGUUUCACUAUAGCAAUUACAACUUGUACUGAAGAUCUGUGCAACCAUGGAAUCUGUGUUCUAAAAAAGAUCCCUCCAAAAUUCCAGUGCAGAUGUGACUACCCAUAUCAUGGGCCCAGGUGUAAUACAGGUAAGUGACAUACCAAGAUUUUGUGUCUGUUUCUGGAGUCAGUACACACUGCGGCAGGAUGGCGAGAUGCGGUUUUUUUGCACUUUCCACAAGGCAUCCAAUGCUGUGCUUCACAUAAAUAAAUAAAACAAAAAUAAAUAAAUUCUACUCCAUCUUGGAGACUAACUAAACAAUAGUAUUCCUAACUAUCCAACUGGCCAGCUAAUCCAGUUCCCAGUUUUAACCCCUUCAGGACAGAGUCAAUAGUGCACGUUCUGAUCAAAACAAAAUGUAAACAAAACCUGGAAUUUGCGCUAUGUCUGUUCACCCGUAGUUCACCUCUUUCAUAUUAAGUGCACCCACACUUAUUAUAUACCUUUAUUAUGAAUAAAAUAAAAAUGUGAGAAAUUAAGAUUUAAAAAAAAAAAAUUGUAGUUCUGCCUGACAUUUUAGCUGUAAAUGUCAUGAUACUGUUUGCUUUUACUGCAAUAAAAUACACAUUUUUGUGUUCAGCAAAGUCUCACGUGUAAAACAGAACCCGCUAUGUACAGGUUUUAUGGUGUUUUGGAAAGUUACAGGGUCAAAUAUAGCACAUGCUGACACACACCGUUACAUGCUGACACACAGUUACAUAAAGGCACACACCGUUACAUGCUGACACACAGUUACAUAAAGGCACACACUGUUACAUGCUGACACACAGUUAAAUUUUUCAUUUUUUUUUCACAUUGAAAUUUGCCAGAUUAGUAAUGUUACCUUUGAGACGGUGUGGUAGCUCAGGAAUGAGAAUUACCCCCAUGACGGGAUACCAUUUGCAAAAGUAGACAACCCAAGGUAUUGCAAGUGGGGUAUGUCCAGUCUUUUUUAGUAGCCACUUAGUCACAAACACUGGCCAAAGUUAGCAUUCAUAAUUGUUUUUGUGUGAAAAUAAGCAAAAAACUAAUAUUUGGCCAGUGUUUUUAAUUAAUAAAAUCACAUAAGUAUGCUAAAAGAUUACUUAAAUAUACACGUAGAAUUUUAUAUAUAUAUACAUAUAUAUGUAUUUAAAUUCUACGUGUAUACUUAUGUAAUCAUUUAUGUAAUUAUAUGUAUUUAUCUAUAUAAAUAUAUUUGCGGUUAUUUGUAUUUUAUAUAUAGAUAGAUAUAUAUAUAGAAUGUCAUUCUAAGUGUAUUUUGUUACCAAUAUAUAUAUAUAUUAAUAACAAAAUACAGUUAGAAUGAAAUUACAUAUGUAUAUAUAAUUUAUUAUUUUUUUUUAAAUAUUUUAUUUAUUUAUUGUAUUUAUUUAUUCUUGUAAUUAUACGUGUAUAUAUGUAACGUCAUUCUAAGUGUAUGUUAAUACUAAUAUAUGUACUUAUAUUAAUAUUAAAAUACACUACAUAUGACCUUACAUAUAUAUAUAUAUAUAUAUAAACACCAAAGGAAAAAAUUAAUUCCAGGGCUGCACUCACGGUCUUGAUAAUGAAAAAACUUCUUUAUUCCAUAAAAUGAAAGAGAUCAACGUUUCGGUCCGCGCAGGGACCUUCCUCAGGAUAAAAUACCAUACCAAAUAUUAUAUACAUAUAUAUAUACACACACACACACAUUUAAUUUAUUUUAAACAUGUUUAAUAAUUUUUUUUUGUAAUACUUCCCACCAGCAGGGGGACUGUCUGACAUUUCAGACAGUCCCCCUGCUGGCAGAUCCACAGCCAGCUAUAGGGGGCCAUGUGAUCGCUCUUUGAGAGCAAUCACAUGGCCCGCGGGGGCCUGAUUUUCCAUGGGAGGGCUGCCUGGGCUGUCAGGCAGUUCUCCCGAAGAGGAUCGCGGCGGAGUACCGCGGACCUCCAGGGAUAGAAAGCCGUUACAGCGUUCAAUGCCGCCGCAACGGCUUUAAAGCCCAUUUAAAUGGGGACGGCAUAGAACGCUGUAACGGCGUUAAGGGGUUAAACAGUUUAAACACAGCACUUUAAACACACAGGCUUUUCCACAGUACUUUUUCCAUUAGAGUCUGAGGGUCUCAGGCUUAACAGCCUCCUCUCUCCCAGCUGUUAGACUCCCUGAUGCCUUCAGAGGCUGACCUUUUAAAACAUUAGUGCAGGUUAAUUACAUUCACCUGAAAGGGCUGACUUUCACCAAUUAACCCUAUCAUGCUGGGAAUAGAGAGCACUGCAAUCUGUUACUAACAUAGAAAGCCUCUCUGACCCAGACACAAUACAUAGAGGCACACAAAGUUACAUGCAGAUACACCCAGCUAAAUUCUGGCACACACACAGUUACGUACAGAGGCACACAUGCAGGCACACAGCGCUAUAUAAAGAGUUAGACAUGUUGGCACACACAGCUAUAUACAGAACAGAACAUGCUGACACACACAGUUACAUGCAAAGGUGGACAUGCUGACACACACAGCUAUAUACAGAACAGAACAUGCUGACACACACAGUUACAUGCAGAGGUGGACAUGCUAACACACACAGCUAUAUACAGAACAGAACAUGCUGACACACACAGUUACGUGCAAAGGUGGACAUGCUGACACACACAGCUAUAUACAGAACAGAACAUGCUGACACACACAGUUACAUGCAGACACACACAUCUGCAUACAGGCACACAUGCAGGCACACCCAGUUACAUGCAGAGGUGGACAUACUGACACACAAAGCCACAUACAAGCUUACUCACACUCAGAGACAUACUCACACUUGUACAUACUCACACAGACAAACACCCAAUCAGAGACACAAAGACAUAUAUUCAUGGCAUCCUGGAUUUCUAUUGACUGUGUUUUCCCUUCUUAAUGUCAUUGUUGCUGAUUUGGCUGGUUAAUAUAUAUAUAUAGUUACAGGGGCUGCUAAAACUUGGGGUGUUGGGGGUUGGAAGUGCAUCAGUGAUACCAAACUGACCUAUAACUGCACACAAGCUGGCUCACCCCAUCAGACUCAAACACCGGAGCUCUGAGGAGUUCAUGGCUAAAAAAACAUAAUAAACAUAGGGAACUCUAUAGCACCAUAUCCGAAACGUCACUCACUGCUGAGUUGUCCUCUUAGAGGGAACACUGCUUUAAUUUACAGAGAUGAUGAAUAUAUAUUUAUUUUAAUUUUCCAAAAAUAUGCAGUUUAAGGGUUUUCACAUUUUGAACCAGAGAUGCAUCAACUCCCCAGAAAUGCUGCUAUAACAUAGCGAUGGUUUUAAUCUUGGUAAAAUAUUUAAAAUUCUCUUUUUAAAAAAUGCUGUUUAUUAUCACAACAUGAAUAUAGAAGAAAAAUGUAGUGGAAAAAAAACAAUAAAUAUUUCAUUUAUUACAGACGCCAAAGGAAUAUAUGUCCAUAGCAAAAACAAAUUAUCUUGUAAAUAAAGCAGCCGUGUAAUAAUAAACAUCGUGAUCUAAUUAUUUGUAUAACAAAGGAGCAGCAUUGAGUAGUGUCUUAUAUUAUCGGAGGUUGUUGUUAGAUUUGCUGAAUAAAUUCUCUUCCUUUUCAGCCGCAGACGUUUGUUCUCCGAAUCCCUGUAAAAAUGGUGGGAUCUGCGCCGUUCGAGACAAUAAUCGGUUCAGAUGCAUCUGUCCUCUACAUUAUAAAGGGACGUUCUGUGAAGUGGGUGGGUGUUUCUGAGAUCUCUGCUCUUUCUACAAAUUCUUUUAUCUGUGAUUGCCCAUUUCAUCUGGUGAGUUCUGUUUGUUAAGAGUUGGUUCAAGGUGAACUUGUCGCCCUACGCAGAAAAUCCUGGGAACUGACCCUGUAGGUUUAUUCAUUAAAGGACUACUACAAGUACAUUUUUUUUAAUAUACAAGAAAUAAUAAAGACUCGUGAAAUAUCUCUGACAUAUGGCAAAAAAAAAGUCUCCUUAAAGGAACACUAUAGUCACCUAAAUUACUUUAGCUAAAUAAAGCAGUUUUAGUGUAUAGAUCAUUCCCCUGUAAUUUCACUGCUCAAUUCACUGUCAUUUAGGAGUUAAAUCUCUUUGUUUCUGUUUAUGCAGCCCUAGCCACACCUCCCCUGGCUAUGACUGACAGAGCCUGCAUGAAAAAAAAACUGGUUUCACUUUCAAACAGAUGUAAUUUACCUUAAAUAAUUGUAUCUCAAUCUCUAAAUUGAACUUUAAUCACAUACAGGAGGCUCUUGCAGGAUCUAGCAAGCUAUUAACAUAGCAGGGGAUAAGAAAAUCUUAAUUAAGCAGAACUUGCAAUAAAGAAAGCCUAAAUAGGGCUCUCUUUACAGGAAGUGCUUAUGGAAGGCUGUGCAAGUCGCAUGCAGGGAGGUGUGACUAGAGUUCAUAAACAAAGGGAUUUAACUCCUAAAUGGCAGAGGAUUGAUCAGUGAGGCUGCAGGGGCAUGUUCUAUACACCAAAACUGCUUCAUUAAGCUAAAGUUGUUCAGGUGACUAUAGUGUCCCUUUAAUACACAGCUCAAAUAAUACACCCAAAGUGCUUUCCUUCUGAAGAAAAUGUUAAAUUAACCGUUAAUCCAGUCCCACGACCAUCUCCUCAGUGCAGCCAUGCUGCUUCUCCUGAAAUAUCAGUUGUGCUGGUCUCUAUUCUUCUUAAGAUAAAUAUUUGAAACCUAUGUCACAAGCCCAACAAUCGGCAUGUUCAGUCAAUCCUAUACUUCUCAAAGAAUUGCAUUGCAUGCUUGUUUCUCUCCUAGAAGUAAUUAACCCUUGUUUCUCAAUGAGAAGCACUGAAUCCUUUUUUCUCUAUUAGAAGCAUUGAAUUCUCAUUUCUCAAUAAGAAGCACUGCAAUCGUCUUUCUUUGCUAGAAGAAUUGAAUCCUUAUUUCUUUGUUAGAAUCCUUGUUUCUCUAUGAGAAGCAUUGAAAUCCUUUUUCUCUAUUAGAAGCACUGAAUCCUGGUUUCUCUAUGUGAAACAUUGUAUUCAUAUUUCUCUAUGUGAAGCAUUGAAUCCUUGUUUCUCUAAUAGAAGCAUCGAAUCCUUGUUCCUCUAUUAGAUGCAUUGAAUCCGUAUUUCUUUGUUAGAGGCAUCGGAUCCUUAUUUCUCUAUGCAAAGCAUUAAAUCAUUGUUUCUCUAUUAGAAUCAUUGAAUCCUUAUUUGUUGUUUCGAAGCAUUGAAUCCUUGUUUCUUGUUUCGAAGCAUUGAAUCCUUGUUUCUUGUUUAGAAUCAUUGAAUCCUUGUUUCUUGUUUCGAAGCAUUGAAUCCUUAUUUGUUGUUUCGAAGCAUUGAAUCCUUGUUUUUCUAUACAAAGCAUUAAAUCCUUGUUUUUCUAUUAGAAGUAAUUAAUCCUCAUUUCUCUAUUAGAAGCAUUGUAUUCAUAUUUCUCUAUACAAAGCAUUAAAUCCUUGUUUUUCUAUUAGAAGCAUUGAAUCCUCGUUUCUCUGUUAGAAGCAUUAAAUUCUUGUUUCUCUGUGCAAAGCAUUAAAUCCUUGUUUUUCUGUUAGAACCAUUGAAUCAUUGAUUCUUUAUUAGAAGCAUUGAAUUAUCUUUUCUCUAUUAGACGCAUUGUAUUCAUAUUUCUCUGUGCAAAGCGACUAAAUCCUUGUUUCUCUAUUACAAGCAUUAAAUCAUUGUUUCUCUAUGAGAAGCAUUGCAUCUUUGUUUAUCUAUGCAAAGCAUUGAAUCCUUAUUUCUCAAAGAGAAACAUUGGAUCUUAUCACAGAAAAACAUUAAUUCAUUGUUUCUCUAUUAGAAAUAAUGAAUCCUUGUUUCUCACAGAAAAUCACAUAAUCAUUAUUUAUCUGUGAGUACGAUUGAACCCUUAUUGCUCUAUGAGAAGCAUUGGAUUUUUAAUUCUCACAGAGAAGGACUGAAUCAUUGAUUCUCACAGAGAAGCAUUGAAUGUUUGUUUCUCUAUGAGGAACAUUGAAUCAUUGUUUCUCUCUAAAAGCAUUAAAGCACAAUGUCUCUAUGAGGUGCCUAGAAUCUGUGUUUCUCUCAGACAUAGCAUUGCAUCUUAGUUUCUCACAGAGAAGCAUUGACUCUUUGGUUCUUACAGGGAAGCCUUGAACCCUUGUUUCUCUAUUUGAAGGAUCAAUUCCUUGUUUCUCACAGUGAAGCAAUUAAUCCUUGAUUCUUACAGAGAAGCAUUGAAUCAUUGAUUCUCACAGAGAAGUUCUGAAUCCUUCUUUUUAUAUGAGAAGCAUUGAAUCAUUGACUCUUACCAAGCAGGAUUGAAUCUUUGUUUCUCACAGAGACACACUAAAUCUUUGAUUCUCACAGAGACACAUUGAAUCAUUGUGUCUCUAUGAGGAGCAUUGAAUCAGUGUUUCCUUACACAGAAGCAUUGAAUAAUUUCUUCUCACAGAGUUGCACUGAAUCAUUGUUUCUCACAGAGAAGUAGUGAAUCUUUGUUUUUAACAAAGAAGCAUUAAAUCCUUGUUUCCCACAGAAAAUCACAGAAUACUUAUUUCUCUCAGAGAAGCAUUGAAUUAUUGCUUCUUACAGAGAAGCAUUGAAUCCUUGUUACUCUAUGAGUAGCAUUUAAUUCUCAUUUCUCACAGUUAAUCAUUGAAUCCUUGAUUAUCAGAGAGAACUAUAUGACCGUAGAUUAUCACAGAGAAGCAUGUAAUCAUUUUCUCAGAGAGAAGCAUUGAAUAAUUGAUUAUCACAGAGAAGCACUGAAUUUCUGUUUCUCUGUGAGAAACAUGUAAUCCUUCUUUCUCUAUUAGAAGCAUUGAAUCAUUGUUUCUCUAUUAGAAGCAUUGAUUCCAUGUUUCUCACAGAGAAGCACUGAAUCAUUGAUUGUUAUAGAGAAACAUCAGAUCUUUCUUUCUUACAGAGAAGCAUUAAACCCUUGUUUCUCUAUUAGACGCACUGAAACCUUGAUUCUUACAGAGAAGAAUUUAAUCUUUGUUUCUCUGUGAGUAGCAUUGGCUGUGUUUGCUGGGUGUGCAUUUAUUCUCUCUCUCUCUCCCAGAUAUGUGUCUCUGUCCCCUUUCUCCAACGGUUCUCUUCCUCCUUCCACAAUUUUGAGUUUCACAUUUUGGCCAGCACUGCUUUCGGUUUGGCUGCUGUGGUCUUUCAUUUGAAAUUCAUUUUGGUUUCACUUUGAAUUCUAACUUUAGUAAAUAACCCUGUCUGUGUUUUGUGCAUGAAGGUGUCAUGAUCCCUGGUGGUGGUCUGCACCUCCAUUUGGUUAAGACAUCUCUCAUUGCUUGCUCAGGCCGUGCGUUGUGGUCUGAUUUACUAACAGGAAAGGUAUAAAACAAAUUCCUUAUCCAGAAGGAACUGUGACUUAGAACAAGCUUGCAGAAUAAACACUUCCAAUCAAUACACGGGUUGUACCCCAUUAUUCUCUCUUCUUCCAGGGCCAAAUGACUGUUACAGGAAUGAUGGUCUUCAGUACCGAGGCCAUGUCAGCUACACGGAACGUGGCUUCUCCUGCCUGCCGUGGGACUCCUUCCUGCUGGCUAAAGAGAACAUGAAUUCAUUUGUCAGUGGAAUUUACAUGUAUGGAAUUGGGGAGCAUAAUUACUGCAGGUAAAGAUGAAAUCCUUGACUUUUAGCUCAUGUGUGACCUGUAUUCUAUUGGUUCUGUUAAAGUUGGAAUAUAAACAUUACAUUGCUGGUUUUUAAUGCUUAGAAUAUAUUUUCCAGACUGCACUUUGCUAUCUUUUCCUGAUUUAAUGAUUUGCGGGUGUCUUCAAAAGACACUCCAGGCGCUAUAACUGUUUUAGCUCACUGCAGUGGAUAUGGUGUCUGGAGUCCCUUUGUGCUGUCUCUCAUUUGAUAUUAAAUCAGUUUAACCCCUUAAGGACCAAACUUCUGGAAUAAAAGGGAAUCAUGACAUGUCAUGUGUCCUUAAGGGGUUAAAAUAGUUUAGCUGAGAAUGAUGGUCCCCAGUGUCUGCCCAGUGCCAGCCCAUGGCUGCUGCUCAGGCUAAUACACAUUAACCAGACUAACGAUGGACACUCUCACCGCCCAUCUAUCACCGCCACGCAUUGCUGUGUAAAAUGGCUAACAUAGAGUUAUACUUUGCAUUAGAUAACCUCCCUCAGGAAGCUAGCCUUUUAUUCUUUGUCAAACAGAUUGAAAACAAUUUAAGACUGAGCAGUAGAAUGAUGCCAAUAGAGUCCUAACAUCAUAACUAUUUUAAUGUGUCUCUUUAACCAUUUGUAGCGAGUUGUGUAAUUGGCACAUAUUUCAGGCUGGGAGAGAGUUAAACAAAUAUCCUAUGUAUUUUGGUAAUAAUCAAUAACACUGCAGACAGAUUAGAAUCGUUGAUUUAAAAAAAUACCCUAAACUUUGUAACUUUUAAAAGAGAAUAUUACCAAAGAAAUUUAAACCAGGAAUGCCGAACUUUAUCCCUUCACGUGGGCAAGAGUUUUCGAAACUUGUCCAUAGAAACAUAGAAACGUAGAAUGUGACGGCAGAUAAGAACCAUUCGGCCAAUCUAGUCUGUCCAAUUUUUAAAAUAUUUAAUUAGUCCCUGGCCUUAUCUUAUAGUUAGGAUAGCCUUAUGCCUAUCCCACGCAUGCUUAAACUCAUUUACUGUGUUAAACUCUACCAUUUCAGCUGGAAGGCUAUUCCACCAUGCUGUCUUUAUAUUACUCUUCCCAGAAACACAGGUUAUUGUUAAACGGUGAUAGUUUCACUUUAAAUAGAUCCAUUAUGAGACCAAACAAGGCCUGUGUUUUUAAUAAAGAGCACAAAACAUUUCUCUUACAAAGAAACAGUGGACACAUUUGAUUUGCUUACACUACAAAAGAGUUGCCUUCAAGGGCAUGUGAUUGCUCAGUGCAGAUGUAUAUUCAUGUUCAGUACAAAUAUUCCCGAUAAGAUGCUUCAUCCCACCUGCUGAAAUAUAACAAGGUCAUCCAUUGAGCUCCAAUGAGACCAGCAGAAAGCAGUCUUUUCACCUGUUUCUUUGUUGAUGGUGAAAAAGCUCUCAUCUAUAUUGAUCGCAAGAGCUCUUUAAAGCAAGGUCAGGAAAUAUGUGGAAUUCUCUGCUCUGUGUUAGAUGAUACACGCACCAGUUUCUACAAUAAAAGGUUAUGCGGAAUUAUGUUAAUUAUAGUAUUUACAAUGUAUAUCAAGUGAAAAUACAUGAUUGGUAUGAUCGGAGUAGAGAAGGAUUUUCUUUCAUUGUAGUAAAAUGGGUUCCAUACAGAUAUACCUCCCACUGCACUGAGGAAGCAGCCAAAGAGGGAGCCAUUGUGUGAUCAAGACAGUUUGUGCUUGGUAGCUAGUGUAGUCCAAUCAAAGACAAGGACUAUUGGGUACCAAGAGUUUAAAGGUCCAAUCUUUUACUUCACAAUCUCCCCUACCCAUUCUCUCAUAUCUUCUACCUGUACCUCACUCCCUCUCUUCUGCACUCCCACUCACUCUCCAUUCUUGCCCCCUAAAGAUGGAACAACGCCCUUAUUAUUAUUAUUAUUAUUAUUUUAUUAUUUAUAUAGCGCCAACAAAUUCCGUAGCGCUGUACAAUGGGUGGACUAAAAGACACAUAAUUGAGAUCAGACCACUGACGUACAGGAACAGAGGGGGUUGAGGGCUCUGCUCGAUGAGUUUACAUGCUAGAGGAAGUGGGGUAUCAAACUCAAACUGCCACUGCACUCAUGACUUUCCACAAAGAUGGCAGGAAUGACUGGCUUUAUAUCUCGCCACACUCUCCAUGCUUAAUUGCACCAUCACUUCAACCCCACACCACCCUACUCACAAUGCUUCAUAUCACCAUCACCUCUACCCCCAUUCCAGGGCUUCAGAUCAUCAUCGCUUAAACCCCCCACUUUUCAAGCCUCAUAUCACCCUCACAUCACUCCCCCUGAGUCUGUUUGCUUCAUAUAACCAUCACACCCCCAAACUCCACAUGCUUCAUAUUACCAUCACCUCUACCCCCCACUCUCUGGGCCUCAUAUUACCAUCACCUCUACUUCCCACUCCCUAGGCUUCAUAUCACCAUCAUCUCUAUCCCCUACUCCCCGGGAUUCAUAUUACCAUCACAUAAACCCCCACUCCCCGAGCUUCACAUCACUAUCAUCACUACACCCCCCCCCCCACACACUCCCUGGGAUUCAGAUUACCAUCAAGAUAUGUGUGUAUAGUUAGCCAAUAAGCAAAGGAUAGGUGAUUGGAAUUGUACAACCAAAGUUUUUAACCACCUUAUAAUGUUUGUCGUUGGGUUUUUUUUGUGAGCAUCAUCGCUCUAAUUAUGGUCUCAAUUUAAUAUUUUGGGAUACGCUUUUCAAAUGAUUUAAUAAUAUUGGAUACAUUUCCAAAAUAUUAGUUUUCAAAAUAUGAAAAUAUUGAAAAAUAAAUAUCAAAAUAUUCAGUGAUUUUAAAGGUUUAUCCAAAAAUAUGAAUAUAUUGGAAAAGGUUAUUAAAACAAUGACAUUGUGAAGUCCUGAGUACAGUACAGACAAUAUUAAUAAUAGGUUCAUUCCUAUUAAUACUGUGUUUUCAUUGUUUUCCAAACAGAAACCCAGAUGGGGAAGUCAAACCUUGGUGUUACUUUCAAGAUGGCUCAGGAAAACUGAGCUGGGGCUUGUGUAAUGUUACAGUUUGCACGGACAGUGAGUAUCACUCUAGAUGUAUCCAGGUCUGGUCAUCUCGGAAUGACUGGACAAUAUGUUAAUUCUAUCUGCUUUUAUUUCCUGUCCUUUGUAUCUUUAUAUCUGAAAUAUAUUCCUUAAUCCACAUUUCGCAGAUUGCAGUUUAUUUCCUAAAUGGAAACCAGGGUGAUUCAAGGGAAAACAAUAUUAAUAUUAAUAACACUUCACGCCGCAAGGAACAUAACUAUAGGAAACGUUCCGGGCUUGUUUAGUCUAUUCUAUGUAAUAGGUUCCGGCAGCCGGGGGAUUUAGUUCAUCAGAUUCUAUUCAGUCUCCUGCAGUUGUGGUCUUGCUUUCCUGGUGGUCUCUCCAGUUAGCCUCUCUAUCUCUUCCUGUGUAAGAGUGAGGGGCGCUAUCAGUGGGUGUAACAUUUGGUGAUAAGGUUGUUAACCUUGUGCUGUAUAAAAUGUAUGUAAUUAUCUGAAAAAUCAUUAUUUUUAACUUAUUUCAAAUUCAAUGAUAUCAUCUUCUAUCGUAUCUAUAUAUGGAUUGUACAGUUUGAGUGAACCAUUUGGCAUUUAGCUGUAACCCAUCUUCCACCCAGAUAUAAUUUACAGUGUUCCAGUAGUCCGAUCAGUGAACAGGACCACGGAUAAACCGAUCAUUGCCACGGACGUCAAAGGCAAUAUCACAAAACGUAACACCACGUUCCCCCCGCAAAGCAACACUACAUUUUCCACUUGUGGAUUGAAAGAUAUUCCUACAAGCAUCCGUGGAAGAAUAUUUGGUGGGAAAAGGACACAGCCUGGUCAACAUCCUUGGUUGGCAUCAUUGCAACUGAAGGUCAGCGUGCCACUGCACAACGCAGGACACAUUUGUGGUGGCACAUUGAUUGCUCCAUGCUGGAUCUUGACUGCAGCUCAUUGCGUAAAAACUCUGUAAGUGCCAGACUGUGGGUUAUGUUUACAUUGUACAAUGAUUAUACUGUUAUACAAUUCUGGAACGUACUUAAUAGCAAUACAUACAAAAAAUGCUGCAAGAUGUGCAGAAAACAGCAGGAAAUGUUGCCCUGUUGCAUUUUUUGCAAUAAACACCUCAAGGUGACACAUCUACUUCUGUGAGGUGGCAGUGUGGACAAAGGGGCAAUCUUGCCUUCGUGUGUCACUUCUUGGUGCUGCCAUCUGCCAUGAUACUUUUUCAAUUAAUGGCAAUUUUGUCUGCCAGGAGCUGUUGUCAAGUAGUUCUUCCUUUGUCUGUUCUAUAUGUUCUCAGUUCUCUGGAAUGUCAAAAAAUGCCAACACAGUGAAAGAAAGCUUUCCAUAAAAAUGCUAUAAUUAUAAAGAUACUAUUAUUCAGUAGUCACAGAGCCACCUUAAUAAAUACAGAGCAAUCACUAUUUUCCAUUUUUACAUUGAAUAAAAUACUCAAUAUACAUUUGGCUGAUAGUUCACCACUGGAGAUGUUCCCCAUGAGGAACAAACAGAGCUGUCAAUGGUGUAAAAUACACUUUUAACACUGCUGACCCGUGUAAGAUGAAAGGACAAGGAAAUAAGAAACAUUUCGAGUAUUAACGUAGCUUACGAUUAUCUUGAGUUCCAGGGUUUCCCAUAAAUGAACACGGCCUAAUGUUUGAAAAAUGUGUCUACAGACCUUGGUGGUUCCAGUAAUCCUAUUGGACUAACUGAAGCCACAAAGCCUACGUGAAUACCAUUAUGAAUCGUAAAAUUUACUGCUAGGGUAAUCGUAAAAACACUCCACGUUUGGUCCACAUACAUGUUCAAGAAACCACCGGAGCUGUGCAGACAUGUUCUGAGCAAGUUCUUUCACUAAACUCAGGACGUGAGGAAAACUCAAAGAGUUUUCUAUGGCAAAUUCACGACUUUGGUAAAUGUGGAUACAUAUCACAACCGUCUCUGUGCCAAAAAUGUGUAUUAUUACUUUAUUAUUAUUUUAGAUUUUCUUGGACAGCAGUCUGUAUAUGGAAUUGCUUUAUUUCAUUAUUGCGCUGCCUAUAAGCUCCAUGUUUCAAAUAAUAGUGACCCUAUUUUUUGUAACAUGAAAAGAGCUUGGUAGUGAAGGAAGUAUUGGUCCAUAAAAUUAUGGAGAGAGAUUCUGCUACUUUAAAGACAUUUACUUUCAUAUAAUCCGAUAUAACAGAAACAUAGGCCAACAUUACAGAAAAUAACCUGCUUCAUCUUUUCUUUCACUGGAAGAAAUGUAGAAAAAAUUGCUGAAAAAGUACAGAAAUCUUGACUAGGAUCUAAUGAAAAAAGUUCUGUAAAAACUAUCUGUGAAUAAGCUUCUGAAAAUCUUUUCUUAAUGUGUUCUUUGACAUGCAGGUCAGAACCACAGAUCUGGAGAGUAUUUCUGGGUAAAACGGAUUUGAUAAAGAAUGAGACUUAUCAGCAGUCUUUUGAUGUUAGAAGAAUAAUCAUUCAUGAAUUCUAUCGGGAGGAACCCAGGAGUCUGCACUAUGACAUUGGUAGGUAGAUCGCAAUUCCACAAAGCUGAGACCAUGACAAAAGCCAGGUUCUAGAGUUUAAAAAAGGGAAAAUUACAAGGAAUAUUUCAAAUAUGUGAAUUUGACAUAACAUAUGCCCUUUCAUGAAGUGAAAUAUACCAGUGAUAUAUCAAUUUACUGCAGUGCAUCUUGGAAAUUUAAAGAGAACUGAUGGCUGUUGGGUUUGAAGAACUUCUUUCUGAGUGCAUGAGCUCCAGUAGCCGAGUCAAUGUUUUAUUCAGCCCUUCCUAAUCUAAAUCUCAUAUCCAACCCGAUCGAAAUCUCAUAUCCAACCCGAUCGAAAUCUCAUAUCCAACCCGAUCGAAAUCUCAUAUCCAACCCGAUCUAAAUCCCAGAUCCAACCCGAUCGAAAUCUCAUAUCCAACCCGAUCGAAAUCUCAUAUCCAACCCGAUCUAAAUCCCAGAUCCAACCUCAUCUAUAUCCAAGAUCCAAUCCCAUCUACAUCCCAAAUCCAACCCAACCUAAAUCCCAGAUACAAUCCAAUUUAAAUCCCAAAUCCAAUCCAAUUUUAAUUCAAGAUCCAACACUGUGGCUGUAUAUCCUGAUACAGUGUUUAUGUUCCCCAGCUGUGGCUGUAUGUCCUGAUACAGUGUGUAUAUGUUCCCCAGCUGUGGCUGUAUGUCCUGAUACAGUGUGUAUGUUCCCCAGCUGUGGCUGUAUGUCCUGAUACAGUGUGUAUAUGUUCCCCAGCUGUGGCUGUAUGUCCUGAUACAGUGUGUAUGUUCCACAGAUGUGGCUGUAUGUCCUGAUACAGUGUGUAUGUUCCACAUAUGUGGCUGUAUAUCCUGAUACAGUGUGUGUAGCUGUGGCUGUAUGUCCUGAUACAGUGUGUAUAUGUUCCCCAGCUGUGGCUGUAUGUCCUGAUACAGUGUGUAUGUUCCCCAGCUGUGGCUGUAUGUCCUGAUACAGUGUGUAUAUGUUCCCCAGCUGUGGCUGUAUGUCCUGAUACAGUGUGUAUGUUCCACAGAUGUGGCUGUAUGUCCUGAUACAGUGUGUAUGUUCCACAUAUGUGGCUGUAUAUCCUGAUACAGUGUGUGUAUGUUCCCCAGCUGUGGCAGUAUGUCCUGAUACAGUGUGUAUGUUCCCCAGCUGUGGCUGUAUGUCCUGAUACAGUGUGUAUAUGUUCCCCAGCUGUGGCUGUAUGUCCUGAUACAGUGUGUAUGUUCCCCAGCUGUGGCUGUAUGUCCUAAUACAGUGUGUAUGUUCCCCAGCUGUGGCUGUAUGUCCUGAUACAGUGUGUAUGUUCCACAAAUGUGGCUGUAUGUCCUGAUACAGUGUGUAUGUUCCACAUAUAUGGCUGUAUAUCCUGAUACAGUGUGUGUAUGUUCCCCAGCUGUGGCUGCAUGUCCUGAUACAGUGUGUGUAUGUUCCCCAGCUGUGGCUGUAUGUCCUGAUACAGUGUGUAUGUUCCCCAGCUGUGGCUGUAUGUCCUGAUACAGUGUGUUGAUGUGUAUUUUUCACUUCUGUGACUGUAUUGUUUUGUUACACUAGAACCCAUAUCGUUCACUACAGGCCCUAUCCCUUCUCUGCAUCCACUUCUCUGACUAUACUUGCAUUGAUAGGAAUGCAAUUGGAUGCAUUUGGUAAAAACUGGUAUUGAAAAUGGUUUUAAAGAAAAUAAAAAUAAUAAAGUGGCCCCUGCAUUUUGGUUUUCUCCUGCAUCUCCUGCAUUUCUCCUGCACGGGGCCCCACAAACACAAGCAUUGUCCACAGUGUGUCUCAAUCAUUGUUUUGGACAGAAAGCAUUGUGUAAUCCUUCACACAUUCCAAAAUUUGUUUAAAAGUUUUUUUGAAACCCGCUGUUGCUUGUCAACCUAAAACAGACACCGAACAAUCCAUUACAAUAAGUUGCCAUGCGCUAAAUGAGAACAGCUAUAGUGUAUGUGGGUUCAAUAUGGCAGCUCAUGACGCUUCUAAUACUUUUUCUUCCAGCACUCAUGGAGUUAAAGAAAAUUAAUAAAACCUGCGCCAAAGAAUCAAAGUUUGUGAAGAAAGCUUGCAUAGCUAACCGUGAAUUUGCCGUUGGCAAAGCCUGUACGAUCGCUGGCUGGGGUCGGAUGGAAACAGGUUGGUUAUUGUCACAUAAAGAGAUUGAAAACGGUGGCUCAUGGACUUUAUCCCAGCUCACCGCUGAGCAAAGAGAAUGUCCACAGAUGCACUGGAAGUCAGAGUAUUGAACAGAGUAUCAUUAAUGAAUCAUUAUUCUACCUAACCACACGCAUUAUCCUAACAAACUGAGACAAUGGGUGAACUGUCAGCAGACCUGGACUGACCAUUGGGCAAACUGGAAAAAUGGCUGGUGGGUCGCCAUGGCCUUGGGCCGAACCCAACAGGGAGGAUCAAAAAAUCUCCUCUGCUGGCACAUGCAGAGCCGGCACUACCCAACCGCGGCCCUGCUGUGUGCCAUGCUGGCCCAUUAGGGAGAUCAAAUAGCUGCUCCCUCUAGCGAGAUUGGAGUGUUGCCAUGGUUUACAUGGCAACGCUCAAGUCUUGCGAGAGUGAGCUCAAGCUGGAAGAGCGGAAGGUAUGAGUUCACGCACCACCAGGGCUUGUAAUGUUCCCUUUCCCCCGGACAAAAGGUAAGAAGAGAGGAAGAAUAUACAGUUUAUUUUAGUAAUUAAAAAAACAAAACAAUUAUGUAUUUGUAUAUGUGACAUCCUCUUUAUGACCGUGCCCCCUUCUCACUGGGCAGCUGUGAUUGAGAAUUCUCACAUGCUGCACACUUUUACUGUGGUUGUAUGAGAAAUCGUUUACCACAUAGGACAAAGUUAAUGAUCUUAUUUCCUUUCACCAUUAGGUGAGAGCUGCACAAUUCAUGGAUCUCUGACUUCUCAUUUCUCCCCAGAAACCUAUAGACCUUAUAUUUAACCAGUUACAUUUGUCCAGUGAUUGGAGCCAUUACCAGAAUUAGUUCAUUUCUUGGAAGCAGCGUCACCAGACUGGACCUUGCCUAGUGGCUCGGUAGGACAUGUCUGGUGGGCACUUUGCCCAAGCCUGAGAUUUGAGUAUAGAAAUGUUGAUCUUACCAAUUUUGAGGUAAAUUUCCAGUAAUUGUUUUACUAUCUGCUCAGACGUGCUUGUUACUUUGUUAUUUAAGGGUUCCCAUCACAGCUGCUCGAUGCAACGGUACAGCUAAUUUCACACUCUGCAUGCUCAGAUCCGAAGAGAUACGGGAAACUGAUUGAUGAAAGCAUGCUUUGCGCUGGGGUCCCGGAAGGAGGUGUAGAUGCAUGCCAGGUAGGUUCAAGAACAAAUAUUAUGUCACAGUACCCCAAUAUCGGUGGGUCCUACAAUUAUUUUAACAUGCUAACUGAAAUAUUUACUGCUUCCAGAGACCCUCCUCAAUCUAUGCCCUCAUGUGAUCACCACCAAAGGGACAUUUACAUGGGUAGGCUGCUCAGCCCAAUAGGAAUUCCAACUCUCCACAGAAAAAAAGGGGAAUUGGGGGCACGCCUGGAACCUGCGUUUCUCAGUAGGGGUGAUGCCAUAAAGUGUCUGCAAGCUGGUCUAUUCAAACAUUGCAAUGUGUCAGCAUGUUAGCGAUAUACAAGGAAAGCUGGCAUGUCACUUGGUUCAUUAACUAAUUGAAUUGGCAUGCAGCAGGGAGAAUGCAAAUAAAAUUCAAAUCUCAACCCACGUUUCCUUACCCAAAAAGUAUCAAUUAGAAACUUAGUGAAGAACCAUUUACAUGUUUAAUUUAUUCUCAUCCUGCAUUUCUGUAACUUUGUAUCAUACAUUGAAUGGACCCAAAGCUGUCAGCAUGUAUCUCAAAUUAGAACAUUUCAAUGCAAAUAAUUGGAGAUUUCAUUCCAAAUUACAAUUGUUUUGCCAAAAGGCCAAAUAAUUGGAAUGUGAGCGUUAUGUUCUAAAAAAAACCAAAAAACUAUGGGGUAAGAGGUUUAUUAGUUCACUCCCAACUGAUUUGCUCCAACCUCUUGCUAGGCCCAACUUGGAGUCAAGACCCCCUGCCAAAACUCAAACUGGCAGAGUUUCGAAACAGAAUAAUUGAUUUUUUUGACAGUUAUAUAUUUUUAAUUCUUAUUGUAUGGGUUCCAUUAAAAUGUUGAUAUUUUUGUUUUUUCUCACAGGGUGAUUUGGGGGGCCCUCUGAUCUUAUAGUAUGGGUUCCAUUAAAAUUUUGUUAUUUUUGUUUUUUCUCACAGGGCGAUUCGGGGGGGCCUCUGAUCUGCGAACGUAGCGCCGUCUCUCAGGUUGCUGGGGUAGUGAGCUGGGGCGAGCUUUGUGGCGUUAAAGACAAGCCAGGAGUCUAUACCCACGUGUUUAAAUUUGCCCAGUGGAUUGAAUCAAAAAUUAAAGGAAACUGACUUCACUUGACAAGGCUGUAUUUUCUAGAUAUAUAUAUUUUCUGUUCUCACUGUAAUAAAGUGAAGUAUUUCUAACAACCAAUGGGAAAUAAUAAAUUAUUAAUUAUAAUUAUAAUUUUUCGUCAUGAGAAUUAAGUAAAAAUUGAGUUUAUUAAUAAGCUGAGUUAUUGAAACCGCUAAAUGUGAUUUAAUCAAUAAUGACAUUGUAACUUUACCCGCUUUGGAACACGUGUCGAAAUUAAAGGAUUAAAAAAACACAGAGUUGAUAGAAAUAAAUUGUGAAAUUCAAUGAUGUUUCUAAGGUUUGUUAUAAUAAAUAUUUUAUUAUUGGUACUCCUCACAGUGAUUGCAUAUUCUAUACUCCCUGUGCUCUAAACUGGAAUUGCAGAAAACUGACGAAUGUAAGCUGAGUUAGUGAGGAUGGACAAAUAGUCCACAAACGAGCUUCAUUUUCAGCUCCAC